AUGGAUUUCCAAAACACCAAAUUCCGUAUAUGGGGCUUUUCUGAAAGGAGGACGGCCACAAAAGUGUACGAUGUGGCGCAUGUCCGAGAUGCAACAGUCGCUUCAAGAGUGUUCAACGCAAUCCUCAAAGACGCAUUGGCAUUGGAUAAUACCACGAGGUUUCGUUCACUUCGAACGGACCUUCUCGAAGUCAUCUGGUACUAUACACUGGGCUUCCUCAAAGACGUUGUAGAAGACACGGCCAUCAACCGCAGCAUCACGGACAAGGAUCAACUCAUAAAGGCUUGGGAAAUAUUGCAAAAUACUUUAUUAAAAGCGACAAAUUGGGGAAAUACUAGUAUUAGCAACACAUUGCAGGCGAUGAUCCCACAGAAACGUCUGCCGCCACAUAGAGUGAUUGAGGACAAGAGUCCUGUAAGAAUCUCGGCACUUUCUCCCAUCGAAAUUCUUGCCAGAAUUAUUUUCCAAUGGGGUAGUGGCGCGGAAACAGGAAAAAUGAAUGAUGAUCGUCUUUUCGAAACUAUCGAUUCUUCGCUUUUAACAGAUUGA